AUGGGGACCGGGACAGGCUCCGGGCGGGAGCAGCUCUUCCUCCUCUCCCUCCUCUUCCUCCUCCUGGCCGGGCCCCCGGCACCGCGCCCGGUGGGUGGGCAGCUGCACUACGCCAUGCCCGAGGAGCUGGAGCACGGAGCCUUCGUGGCCAACCUGGGCGAGGACCUGGGGCUGGAUGUGUCCACCUUGUCGGCGCGGCGGUUCCGCAUUGUGUCACGGGCUGGGGCCAGGCAGCACCUGGAGGUGAACCCGGAGAAUGGGAUCCUCUUCGUGAAUGAGCGGAUUGACCGGGAGGAGGUGUGCGAGGCCGGGGGGACAUGCCUGCUCCAUCUGCAGCUCCUCGUCGAGAGCCCACUGGAGCUCUACCGUGUCGAGGUGGAGGUGUUGGACAUCAAUGACCACGCGCCCACCUUCCCUUGGCAAGAGUACGUGCUGGAGGUGGCCGAGUCUGCUGUGCUCGGUGCCCGCUUCCCACUGGAGAGUGCCCAGGAUCCUGACAUGGGUACCAACUCGGUGUACACCUACCGGCUCAGCCCCAACGGGUUCUUUUCCCUCGAGGUGCAGACGCGCAGUGAUGCCAGCAAGUUUGCAGAACUGGUGCUGGAGCGGGCCCUCGACCGCGAGCAGCAACGCACGCACCGGGUGCUGCUCACCGCUCUCGACGGCGGUGUCCCCGAGCGCUCAGGCACAGCUCACAUCCUCAUCACGGUGCUGGACGCAAAUGACAACGUGCCUGCCUUUGACCAGCCCUCGUAUGGCGUGAGCCUUCCUGAGGAUGCCCCUGCUGGCACCCUGGUAAUCCAGCUCAAUGCCACGGAUCUGGACGAGGGCCCCAACGGGGAAAUCGAGUACUCCUUCAGCGGGCAUGCACCACCACGCGUCCGGGAGCUCUUCCACGUAGAGCCCCGAAGCGGGCAGGUGCUGCUGAAAGGCCCCCUUGACUAUGAGCGGGCAAGCCUCCACGAGCUCUAUGUGCAAGCCAAGGACCGUGGACCCUCGGCUGUCGCCGUGCACUGCCGGGUGCUUGUGCACCUCCUCGAUGUAAACGACAAUGCGCCAGAGGUGACCCUCACCUCUGUGUCCACGCCUGUGCUGGAGGAUGCCCCACCAGGCACCGUCAUCGCUGUCAUCAGUGUUCUGGACCGGGACUCUGGGGACAAUGGGCGUGUGAGCUGCGAGGUCGGCCCCAACGUACCCUUCGAGCUCCGCUCCUCCUUUCGCAAUUACUACACACUGGUCACCACGCAGGCGCUGGACCGGGAGGUUGUGCCCGAGUACAAUGUAAGCAUCACAGCACGGGACAUGGGCUCUCCUGCCCUGCUGACCCAUAGCACCCUCACUGUCCCGGUGUCCGAUGUGAACGACAACGCCCCACACUUCCUCCAGCCCUCCUACAGUGUCUACGUGAUGGAGAACAAUGCGCCAGGUGCCUCCAUCUGCUCCGUCAGCGCAUUGGACCCCGACUGCCAACAAAACGCCUACCUAUCCUACUCCAUUGCUGACGGCCACAUCCAUGGCAUGCCUGUGGGCACCUACGUGUCUAUCAACUCGGACAGUGGGCACAUGUAUGCCCUGCGCUCCCUCGAUUAUGAGCAGAUCCGCAGCUUCCAGAUCCAGGUGCAAGCACAGGAUGCAGGUUUCCCCCCACUCAGCGCCAAUGUCACCGUCCACAUCUUUGUGCUGGACCAGAACGACAACGCUCCGGUCAUCGUUUCCCCCAUGCCACACAAUGGCUCUGUGGCCACUGAGCUGGGGCCGCGAUCAUCUUACCAGCUCCUCCAGGCCACUGACUUCACCCUCUUCAGUGUGGCACCAGACACAGGUGAGCUCCGCACCCUCCGCUCGUUUCUGGAACAGGAUGCAACCCGGCAGCGGCUGGUGGUGCAGGUGCGUGAUGGUGGGCAGCCAGCCCUCUCAGCCACCAUGUCCCUCCUGCUUUCAGUGGUGGAGACCAUGCCUCAGACUCUCUCCGACUUCAGCGAGUUCAGCCUCCCCCCAGAGGCCUCCUCAUCCUCCCCACUCACCCUCUACCUCCUUGUCUCCCUGGGCUCCAUCUCCUUCACCUUCCUCCUUGCCAUCCUCAUCCUCACAGCCAUUCGGUGCCGCAGAGAGCAGUGCUCCCACCAAGGUGACGGCUGCUCACUGCCCCGCUGCCGCUGCUGCCCCAGGUCUAGACCCUCCCCCGAUGGCCUGAAGAAGUCCAACCCGACACCCCCCGCAGGAACCACGGCUGCCACCUGCCUCGAUGUGCCUGGGGGUGGCCCCCCAGGCUACUGCUACAAGGUCUGCCUUGGUCCUGAGUCUGCUCAGAGUGACUUCAUGUUCCUCAAACCCUGCAGCCCCCCCCGGAACAACGAGAAGGACCCUGGGAAGCAGUCCCGGCCAGGCCAGCAUCUCCAGGUCUCCAAGCAGAUCAAACAGCCCAACGUGGACUGGCUGCCUUCAAGCACAAAGCGAUCUGCCCUGAAGAGCUCCCAGAGCCUGGAAGAUGUCGGGGAAAUCCGCAGAGCCCUCCAGAAGGAGCAUGAGAGACUGUGCAUGCUGGUGACCCCUGUCUCUGAGUUUCAGAAGGCUUCGGCCGGCACCAACAGCAUCUGGACACCCCAGUACAGCCACUUGUACCAGGGGCACAUCUCAGCCCUGGAUUAUCAGCACAAUGUCUACAUCCCCGGCACCCCCAAUCUGCUUUCCAGCAAAGACGGGCCCCUCUUCCUGGGCCGGGAGAACAAGAACAGCUUCUCCACCUUUGGCAAGAGGAAGAAGAUAACAACUUACUGUGACAUGCAUGACAGUGUGGUUAUCAACAACGACCUGAAAUAG